GAAAACCCCAUCUAUUGUUGGUAUUUCCCCCUCCGAUAAAUCGGCUACUUCUCCGGGGGGCCCCCAAGCUUAUUCUGCUUAGCCUCAGCUCAGCGCUUUUGCAGCCAUCCAUCCAACUGUUUUCAUUGGAUCUGACUCAGCAUUUAGGUGUGCUUCAAUACCGGUACGUACCGACAGUCCCUCAAUCCCUAGCUCUCCCGGGUACUGCUCCUUUCCCCCCCACGUAAACCAGUCCCAGCACAGCACACGCCUCUAGCUCUCCCUUUUCCCUUUCUUUCCCGAAUUCUUGUACACUUCUUUUCUUCCUCCUUCAUCAACCUCUCUCAAUACUUCAACGAUCCCUCAAAUUUCCCCAGCGACGAAGCACCCUAAUCCCUUGGUCAGGGCCCUUAUUCUACGACACUCCCAAAGUCAUGGCUGCUACUAUCCGUACCGAUCUUCCAGCUCCCAUUGGGGACAAGCAGCUGGAGAAGAAGCCCAUCAAGUUCUCCAACUUGCUUCUCGGCGCUGGUCUCAACCUCUUCGAAGUGACCACCCUCGGACAGCCUCUCGAGGUCGUCAAGACCACCAUGGCUGCCAACCGAGGUGACAGCAUGGCUGCGGCUUUGGGACGCGUCUGGGCCCGCGGUGGUCCCCUGGGCUUCUACCAAGGUCUCAUCCCCUGGGCUUGGAUUGAAGCUUCCAGCAAGGGCGCCGUCCUUCUCUUCGUCGCCUCCGAGGCCGAGUACUACGCCCGUGUCGCUGGUGCCUCUGAGUUUGGCGGCGGUAUCCUUGGUGGUGUUACCGGUGGUGUUGCCCAGGCUUACGCCACCAUGGGUUUCUGCACCUGCAUGAAGACGGUCGAGAUCACCAAGCACAAGAUGGCUGCCUCCGGUGUCAAGCCCCAGUCUACCUUCCAGACCUUUGCUGAGAUCUACCGCAAGGAGGGUAUUCGUGGCAUCAACAAGGGUGUCAACGCUGUCGCUAUCCGACAGAUGACCAACUGGGGUAGCCGAUUCGGCCUCAGCCGUCUCGCUGAGGGUUGGAUCAAGUCUCUCACUGGCAAGAAGGAGGGCGAGAAGCUGUCCGCUGGUGAGAAGGUCAUCGCCAGUGCUCUUGGUGGUGGUCUCAGCGCCUGGAACCAGCCCAUUGAGGUCAUCCGCGUUGAGAUGCAGAGCAAGAAGGAGGAUCCCAACCGUCCCAAGAAGAUGACGGUCGGCAACACCUUCAGGUACAUUUACGAGACCAACGGCGUCAGGGGUCUUUACCGUGGUAUCGCUCCCCGUAUUUCUCUUGGUAUUUGGCAGACUGUCUGCAUGGUUGCUUUUGGCGAUAUGGCGAAGACUUAUGUUGAGAAGCUGACCGGCGAGUCGGUCACCGCUAAGCAUUAGAAGGCGUUUAGGAAUCUGGUUUGAAAAUAUCGCUCAUGGUGAGCUUGACGUAUGGAUUGUCUAAUGUAUGGAUUCGAAUAUCUCUGAUGUAAUGACACAAGCCUGUAAAAAGGCCGUCGCAAAGGAGGUACUCGCGCCUUGAAGAUUAUCUUUCUAUGAUAGUUAGCUGUACAGUCAUGGACCCUGUGGGUUUGACUUGAAUAGAGAAAACAAGUGCGCAAUGUUUCAUUCUUUA